UGCGUGGCGUCGUGAAAACCGGGUUCCUGAGCGAGUUCGAGCCUUCCCUCAGAAGGGAGGGAGGCAGGCUACUGUGCGGCGGCGGGGCCGGGGGGCGAGGAGGAAGGAGGAUGCGCCGCUAGGAGCGCGGGUCCCCCUCAGGCGGCCCCUCCGAGGCUUCUCCCCGCGUCUGCCAUCAUCCCCAAGAUGGCGGCGGCGCGAGGCUGAGGCGAAGGGGGCAAAAUCUCCUCGGAGGCGAGACGGCGACUACGGCAGCGGCCUCUCUUUCUCCCCCUCCUCUCUUCGUAGCGCCGCCGCGGCCGCUGGGCCGCCGAUCCCCGCCCCCCGCUCCUCCCCGUCCCCGCCCGAGCCUGCCAAGCCAGAGCCGAGGCGGAGCAGCCGCCGGAGAGUGAGGGAGAGCGCGUAGCCAGGGGGGCCCCGGGCGCCCAGGAGCCCCACAGCGGGAGCCGGGGCCCCAGCAACAGCGCCUCCAGCGGCAGCAAGAGCCCAGCCGCCGCCAGCGCCAGCGCCGCCAGCAGCACCGCCAGGCCCGCCGAGACCCUUCCCCGCGCAGCACGCCCCCUCCUCACGCCGGCCCCGCAGCGGCCUUGGCUCGGCCUCAGGCACGCACGCACGCAAGGCCCGUGGCGGCGAAGACGGCCGCGCUAGCUCGGAGGCAGCAGCAGCAGCAGCAGAAUUCAGUAACUGAUGCUGAGGCCUUCCACGAGAGACUUAAUCUGACAGCCGGCCGCUGAAGAGAGAUGCAUGUGUUUGCUGAAGUUCUAAGAUUCCUUUACUCGGCUUAUGUGAUUUACUGAAGAUUCCAGUUUUUGUUGCCUCAUGAAUUAUCUUCCAUCUCUGGAAAGGUAGAGGUGUGAACUAGCUCAACAUGAGUGGCCUUGGGAACAGCGCAACAGACCCGGCAAAUCCAGAUUCCCAGAAGAGGAAGGGGUCACCGUGUGACACUCUAGCCCAGAGCAAUGAGAAACGACGCAGGGAGCAAGAGAACAAAUACUUGGAAGAGCUGGCAGAGCUGCUUUCAGCCAAUAUCGGAGAGAUCGACAGCCUAAGCGUCAAACCUGACAAAUGCAAGAUUCUGAAGAAAACCGUUGACCAGAUUCAGCAGAUGAAGAGGCUUGAACAAGAAAAAACAGCUGAUGAUGAUGUCCAGAAAUGUGAUAUCUCGUCCAGCAGCCAAGGAGUGAUUGAAAAGGAAUCCUUGGGGCCUCUUCUUCUGGAGGCACUCGAUGGCUUCUUCUUUGUUGUGAAUCGUGAAGGGCGGAUUGUGUUUGUGUCCGAGAAUGUGACCAGCUACUUGGGCUAUAACCAGGAGGAGCUCAUGAAUACCAGUGUCUACAGCAUCUUGCACGUGGGAGACCACGCUGAAUUCGUCAAGAACUUGCUGCCCAAGUCGCUUGUAAAUGGAGUUCCUUGGCCACAGGAGUCCACCAGGCGCAAUAGCCAUACCUUCAACUGCAGGAUGCUGAUCCGUCCCCCAGACGAGCCAGGUGCAGAGAACCAGGAGGCCCGACAGCGUUAUGAAGUCAUGCAGUGCUUCACGGUGUCCCAGCCGAAACUGAUCAAGGAAGAAGGUGAAGAUUUGCAGUCCUGUCUGAUAUGCAUCGCACGACGAUUACCUCGACCCACAGCUCCUGCCACAUCAGAAUCCUUCAUGACCAAGCAGGAUACUACAGGUAAAAUCAUCUCCAUUGACACCAGUUCCCUGAGAGCAGCAGGCCGGACCGGCUGGGAGGACUUAGUGAGGAAAUGCAUCUAUGCGUUCUUCCAGCCUCAGGGCAGGGAGCCAUCAUAUGCCAAGCAGCUAUUUCAGGAAGUCAUGACACGGGGCACAGCCUUCAGCCCCUCUUACCGGUUCACACUAAGUGACGGGACUGUUCUGAGCGCUCAUACCAAAUGCAGACUUUGCUGCCCUCAAAGCCCAGAGGUGCAGCCGUUCAUCAUGGGCAUUCACAUAAUUGAGAGAGAACACGGCACACUGUCACCUCAAGAAAACACUAACUCUGGAAUGCCUCUUCCCCGUGUCAGUCCCUCACUGAACCCCAACAUCUCCCCUGGACAAGGCAUGGCUUUGCCCUCUCCUCUUCCUCCCGCCAACGGUAGCAUGUUAACGACCGGUGCAAGCCACCCACCAGGACCUGGCCUGCAUGGCAGUAGCAGUGCUGCCCCCAGCCAAGCCGCUUUUGGAUGUUCACCUGGGAGCCAGAUGGGAACGAAUGUUGCCUUAAGCCAGGGGCAAGCUGGUCUCCAGAACAGUAGCCAUGCUAUAAACCUCAAUAGCUCACCGAUGAGCAGCCCUGGGGUCACCCCACCACAGUUCAUGUCCCCCCGGCAUCGGGUAAGCCCUGGACUGGUCCAUCGGCCUAGAGUGCCAAGCAACCCUUUUUCUCCCUCUAUGCCUACCACGCACUCCCCGGUAGGCAUGGUGGGCAGCUGCGGUGCCAGCAGUACCCUUGGCAACAGGCCUUAUCCGGGCACCCCAUUAAACUCCAUGCAGGGACUGACUGAAGGGCCCAGCCCCCCAAUGGGCUACUCCAGCCCCUCUCCUGUUCUGCGGCAGCCAAGCAACCAGAAUUCACCCAGCCGGAUGAGCCUGCCAUCCAUGAAGACGGAGCCAAAAGACAGCAAGGAGAUCACUUCCAUCUUGUGCGAUAUGAGCCAUUCUGACAGCUGCCCAAGCGACAGCAAGCCCCUGGACCUGGGCUUAAUGCAUGGUGGUGGUGGCGGCGGCGACAGGCUCUCAGAGGGUGACAGCAAGGGCUUGCAGGCCACCAGCCACAAGCUAGUCCAGCUUUUGGCUACGACGGCCCAGGAGCAGUUGCGGCAUGCUGAUGCAGACACCAGCUGCAAAGACCCCUUGUCUUGCACAGGCUCCUCCGGUGCCCCAGCCUCUGGAAACCCCCUAGGCAGCGCCUGCCCAUCCUCCCACAGUUCUCUCACAGAGAGGCACAAGAUCUUGCACCAGCUCCUCCGGGAAGGCAGCCCUUCAGACAUCGCCACCCUGUCCAUGGAGCACGAGAAGAAAGACAACGCGCCCAGCGCAACAGCAGUCGCCGUUGCCCCACAAAGCCAGGCCCCGGGGACCCCUGACAUUAGGCUGGAGGCAGAUGUGGUGAAGAAGAAGGACUCCAAGGACCAUCAGCUCCUCCGCUACCUGCUUGACCAGGAUGAAAAAGAGCUGGCGGCCAACCCCACCUUGAGCCUGGACGAUGUCAAGGUGAAAGAGAAUCCAGAGCAACUGGAUCCCUGCAGUGCCAUCGCUCCAGCCCUGCGAAUGAAGCCCUCUGCUCAGGAGGAGGUGAAGCCGCAGUCACAGGGCCAGUUUGCGUCUGACCUUGACCAGAUUCUGCCGUCGCUGGAGAAAUCCCAGUUGCCGCCAGGCCUGUGUGGAUCAGAGUCAACUGAAAGUGGUGGCAUUGCCAUCAAGUCAGAGAUCCUCUCCCCGUCCCUCCAGCCGAGUACCGCGGCAAGAACUCCCACAGGGAUGAGCUCUGUUAACGGCGGACAGGGAAUGCAGGCUGGCCGGCCCCCAUUUGAAUUCUGCAACCCCUUGGAGCUCAGGACAGCAGUGCCUUUCCCUGCAACAAAUGGCAGCAGGCCUCAUCCUGGUUUGGCAUCUGAGCAAGGCAGGGGGGCCGUGCCUGGACCAAGCCCCUUCCAGCCUGACACAGGUUUGUCCGAACUGGAACUGGGAGUCUCAGAUCAUCAGUUUGGGCAGCCAGCAAUGGGGGAGCAGAUCCCCUGGGCAGAUAAUCCCGUGACCUCCAUUAAUCGAGGACCUAUGAGCAAACCAGACGACCAUUGCAUCACUUCUCAGCUGGAUGAGCUCUUAUGCCCUCCCACAACCCCAGAGGGACGAAACGAUGAGAAGGCCCUUCUUGAACAGCUGGUAUCCUUCCUGAGCGGGAAAGAUGAGAAUGAGCUGGCAGAACUGGAUCGAGCGCUUGGCAUCGACAAACUGGUCCAGGGAGGCAGCCUGGAAGCACUGACAGAGAGGUUCCAGCCGCAACAAGCCACGCCUCCUCCUCCUCCUCCUCUCGUGAUGGAUCAGAAGCCUGGCAUGUACCCGCAGCCGUAUCCCUCGGCCUCCCCGACCAGCAACCUCCCCAGCCCUUUCCCUGGCAUGGUCAGGCAGAAGCAGCCCUUUGGCCCUAUGCCAGUCCAGGUCCCGCCACCUCGUGGGGCCUUCCCCACCAGCAUAGGGAUGCAGCCGCGACAAGCCCUCGCCAGGCCUCCGACGGCACCCAACCAGUUGCGGCUGCAACUGCAGCAGAGGCUCCAGGGGCAACAGCAGUUGAUACACCAAAACCGGCAGGCUAUCCUGAACCAGUUUGCAGCGAAUGCUCCAGGGGGCAUCGGCAUGAGGACGGGCAUACCACAACAAAUCGCGGCACAGCCGCCCCUGAAUGCGCAGAUGCUGGCCCAGCGCCAGCGCGAACUCUACAGCCAGGAGCACCGGCAGAGGCAGCUGAUGCAGCAACAGGCCAUGCUGAUGAGGCAGCAGCAGAGCUUUGGGGGCAACCUCCCUCCCUCGGCCAGGGUCCCCGUGCAGCUGGGGGCUGGGCGCCUCCGCCAGGUUCCACCACAGCAGUUUCCCUUCCCCACCAACUACGGUACAAACCCAGGGAACCCCCCUACCUCCACCAGCCCCUUCUCACAGCUGGCAUCGAACCCAGAGGCAGCACUGCCCAGCCGCAACAGCAUGGUGACCCGGGGGAUGAUGGCAAGCGUCGGAGGACAGUUUGGCUCCACGAUGAGCCCUCAGAUGCAGCAGAACAUCUUCCAGUAUUCAGGGUCAGGAAUCGGCCAGCAAGGGGAGGCGGCUUUUGCCCCAUCACUCAGCCCCAGCAGCCCCUUGAUGUCACCACAGAUCCCUCCUUCUCAGAGCCCCAUGCUCCAGUCUGCCCCGCCCACACCUGGAUACCAGUCGCCUGAUAUGAAGACGUGGCAGCAAGGAGCCAUGGGGAAUAACAACGUCUUUGGCCAAGCUGGGCAGACUCAGCCCCCACCAGCUCAGCAGGGGAUGUACAACAACAUGAGCAUCACGGUCUCCAUGGCUGGAGGGAACACCAAUGUCCAGAAUAUGAACCCGAUGGCUGGGCAGAUGCCAAUGAGCUCACUGCAGGUGCCUGGCAUGAACCAGCUGUGCUCUGAGCAGGUAAAUGACCCAGCUCUCAGACCCGCCAGCCUCUACUGCAACCAGCUCCCCUCUGAUCUUUUGAAAACAGAAGCAGACGGGGCACAGGUGCAGCAGGUCCAGGUGUUUGCGGAUGUGCAGUGUACAGUCAACUUGGUAGGCGGAGACCCUUACCUGAACCAGCCGGGCCCGGUGGGGGCGCAGAAAUCCUCCACGGGCCCCCAGACCCCACAAGCCCAGCAGAAAAGCCUUCUUCAGCAGCUACUGACUGAAUAACCUGCUUUUCAAAGGAAUGUGAAAUUUAAAUAAUAAGACAUAGAGAUAUAUAUAUAAAUAUAUAUAUUAUAUAUUUUUCUGAGAUUUUUGAUAUCUCAAAACUUGCAGCCAUUCUUCAGCUCUCGUAGUGUUUGGAGCAAAAAAAAAAAGUUUUUUCCCCUUUCUCUCUCUCUCUUUUUUGAAGGUGUUGGAUGUCGGCAAAGUGACAAGACAGAACAGUUGAGCCAAAAUUACAGAUGAUCCUUAUUUUUGUAAUCAGUUGCUGGCUUCUUAUCCCUGAUGGAGGUUACUCAUUUUCGGGGGGGGGUUCCAAGAGUGAGGGAAAGUGUCUUGCUGGGGGAAGAGGAGGAGGAAAAGGAGGUGAGUUCUCAGUUUCAGCUGGAUCUGUCACUGAUUUGCGUCUUCAGCGAAGCAGGAAUUGGGCAAAUAAUCACACUCAUCUCUUCUCUGGGAAGGGAUGUUUUUAGCUAUUCUUAAAAACGCACACCUCGCCCGCUGACCUCCCCAAUCCGUUUGUGCAAUCAGCUUUUUCUAGCAAUCGUGAGUUUGUCAGUUUUAAAGAAAUAAUAAUAAUGAUAAUAAUGACAGAGUAUUUUGACCCAUCUUUUUUUCCAUGUUUUAUGCUGGUAUGUCGAUGGCCUCCUUAGCGAGAAAGAGGCCUCUGUGUUUAUGAAAACAGGAUGGGUGGGAGCUCAUACAAAAACUAAUAUAAUAAUUUUUGAAAAGAAAACACAAAAGUACAGUUUGGGGAAUAAUUGCAAUAUUUUUUAGGGGUGGGGUGGGGAGAAGUGGCUCUUGGAGCAAAGCGCCGGGGGCCACCACUGUGACUAUUCGUCUCAUUUCUAUGGGGUUUGUGCCAUGAGGAGGCUGGCAUGCCACGAACCCUGGCGAGAUGACAUGGAGGGUGUGCAGCAGAAGCGCGUGGCAGUUGCACCCUCCAGCCACUGUUGUAGAUAAAAUUCUGAUUAGAAUUAAGCAGUCAGCUCUCUCUGCUUUGAUUGUGUUUAACAGCCAAGGUAGCUUAAAACUAUUUAAAAAUAAUAUUGAUUAUCAUGAUUAUAAUAAAAAGGCGAUUCUCUGUGGAAUAGGAGACAAGCUUAUUCUUUGCCCCUGAGGCCUUUCAGUGUAAAUAGCUCAGACCUCUUGUAUAAAUCGGUUUCCUUCUCUUUUUAGUUGGGGGGUGGGGUUGCUCUUAAAUAGCCUUGCUUUUGGAUGGGGUGGGAGGGGAGUUAUUCUUUCUUUUCUCUUUCUGAAAUUUUGUUGAUGUGUGAAAACAAAACUGUGUAGCUUUUGUUAAUUGAAUUUGCA